UUCGGCUAGUUUGUCAGGCUGAGUGCCUUUCAAGUGUUGUUUUGCUCAAAUUUAAUGCAACGGAGACCCAUAUCCGUCGUACAAUACUGUCAUUUUGCGUUUCUCGCUGAAAGAUGUCAGGUAAGGUUAUACCGGUCAAGGUUGCGUUGAGAAUUCGCCCUUUAAUCUCAAAGGAAGUAAGCGAAGGUUGCCGAGAAUGCAUCGAAGUUGUCCCGAAUGAGCCGCAAGUAGUCAUCGGCAGCGACACAUUUACGUUCGAUUAUGUAUUCGGUUUAACCUCUCGACAACAGGAGCUUUACGAGCAAGUUGUUAUGCCGUUGAUGGAUACGUAUUUCAAUGGAUAUAAUGUGACAGUUCUUGCCUACGGUCAGACUGGCUCUGGGAAAACGUACUCCAUGGGAACUUGCGCGACCAUAAACACGUCAAACGCGGACGACGAAAUGAGCAACGCGGUCAUUCCUCGAGUGAUCCAGGAGAUUUUCACGAGAAUCGAAAAUCUGAAAGAAAAAUCGGACUUUCUGGUCAAGGUUUCUUUUUUAGAGAUUCACAACGAAGAUAUCAACGAUUUACUCAAUCCUGGACAACCAGACGAAAAGGGCUUGGCAAUUCGUGAAAGCACUUCUGGCGAGAUAAAGAUCAAUGGUUUGAAAGAGAUCAAAGUCUCAUCCAUUAAAGAAAUGGCGACAUGUCUCGAGCAAGGUUCGGCUUCAAGGGCGACUGGUGCUACAGCAAUGAAUACACGAUCCUCGCGUUCCCAUGCUAUUUUCACAAUAGUGAUGGAACAACGUGAGAAGUCAAGCACAAGUGAUGUGAAAAAGGCGAAAUUCCAUCUGGUUGAUUUGGCUGGAUCUGAAAAAGCGAAAAAAACUCAGGCAACUGGUGAAAGAUUUAAAGAGGGUGUGAACAUAAAUAAAGGUCUUCUUGCCCUUGGAAACGUGAUCAGUGCUUUAGGCGAUGAACAGAGGAAAGCGCAUGCUCACGUUCCUUACCGUGACUCGAAGCUUACUCGUCUUCUCCAAGAUUCCCUUGGCGGAAAUAGCAACACCGUGAUGGUUGCUUGCGUCAGUCCUGCUGAUAGUAAUUUGGAAGAGACUCACAACACGCUAAAAUAUGCUGACAGAGCGCGAAAGAUCAAGAAUAAACCUGUGGUCAAUCGUGAUCCUAAUGCCGCCGAAAUAUCAAAAUUGAGGCAACAGGUUCAAAUGUUGCAGUUGCAGCUACUUGAAGGCCAAUUCAUUCAACAAACGGACGGAGUUAGCAAAAAAUUGGCACAUUCUGAGAUGGAGGAAUUACUAUCCAGGAAUAAACAAUUGGAGACAGAGAAUGAACGCCUGACAUCAGAGCUGCACAAUGCAUUCGAUCAAACAACGUCGCUCUAUGAAAAGAUAAUGUUGGUUGAGAUGUCAAAAGACAGGUUAAAGCAAAGAGCAAUCGAAGUUAAGGAGAUAAUAAAGUCUCAAGGAAUCGAUGUUUCGUUUAAUAUUGAUGAAGACAAGGACGAGGAAAAUAACGAUCUUGUAAAGUGCCUCGAAUUAAAAAUGGGGAAAAUGGAGGAGGAAGAAGGUGAUAUAGCACCAUCGGGCUCGGUGGAGGAAAGAAAAUCAUUAGAUGCAGGCGACGGCGAGCAUCCAGAAAUUGCAAAUAGCUCGUUUGCUGCCCAGCAUGCUUUGCGGAAAGCAGAAUUAUGUAACCAGCUGCAAGAGCUGACCAAAGCAUUGGCUAUGAAGGAGGAGAUUGCUAGCAAAUUAGUCGAUAAUGAACGCAUUUCCUCAAUGAGAAAACAACAUGAGAUGACCGUGAAAGAGCUUGAGCAAACAAUUGAGAAUCUCGAAAAAGAAAAGGUUGCUUUGAAUUCAGCUUUGAAUAAACAAAAGAACAGUUCCUCACUAAAGAAAGACAAAGAAAGACUUCAUGUGUUGGAAAAGGAAAUAUCGCACUACAAGAAAAAACAGGUUGAAUAUCUACAAACGCUAAAAGCAAAACAACACAGUGAUCAAACAAUCAAUAAACUUGACGCGGAAAUCAAGGGAAUGAAAAAAAUGAAAGUGAAAUUGAUGAAACAGAUGAAGGAGGAGGCAGACAAAUUUCGCGUGUGGAAAUUAAAAAAAGAAAAGGAAAUCAAUCAACUUAAACAACAGGGGAGGAAACGUCAGUUUGAGUUUAAGAAGCUGGAAUCUGUGCAUUUGAAGCAACAAGCCGUGCUGCGGCGCAAAACAGAAGAGGCUGCUGCAGCAAAUAAAAGAUUAAAAGAAGCCCUUUCAAAACAAAAAGAAAGCUUGGAAAAGCGGAAUCAGUCCUUGCAUUAUCAGAACAAACAAUCAGAAAAUGUUAUGGAGAAGAUUAAAUUUUGGUUAUCACAUGAGAUUGAAGUCAUGGUCAGCGCAGGUGAAGCUCGCUCUGCAUUGAAAGAUGUCAUAGAAGAUCGAAAGACUUUAUCUCAAGAAGUUUCCCUCCUGAAGUCGAAAUUACAGGAAAAAAUUGACGAACCGUCUUGCAAGAGGGUUUCUCUUGGACAAGGCGAACACGCGUCACAGGAAAGCGAUGAAAUAUGCGAAAUCCGAAAGCAAAUACAGGCUUUGGAAAUUGAUUUGGAAGUGAGGAGUUCACAGAUAACGGAAUUACAACAGAAGAUUAUUGACGCCGAGCAAGGUGACAGAACGAAAUAUCGAUGGAAUAACAUCCAUACGAUGGCUGAAGCCAAAGCAGGCCUCAGGUCUUUGUUUAAUUGGGUCAUCGAGUCAAAGGUAGCUCAGGGAAAGUUGGUAAAAGAAAACGAAGAUUGCAGUAGAAUGUCGUUUGAGGCUGGAUCGGAAGUUGAGAGGCUGAAGAGUGAACAUGAACAACAGAUGUCACUUCUUCGUGCUGUUAAAGAGGAGGAAGUUUUGCGUUCUCAAGAACAGGUGGCUAAACUUUUGAUUCAGCUGCAGGAAGAAAAAGCGGCCAAAGAGGAAAGGGAAAAGCGUCUGGAAGAGUUCACUCGUGUUUUGUCGCCGGAGAUCGAGAUGCCAGCUAAAACGUCAAAGGAAAGAACCGUCGCAGCUGCAAAAAAACACAAGGUGAUUGUUGUGAGUGAUACUGAGAUGGGGUCAGAUCCCAUUCAUUUUCAUCAUGGUUGUGCAUCAGCGACCCAUGGAGAUGACGAAGCACCUUUAAAAGAAAAUAAGAAACCUGGAAAGAAAUCAGGCAAACGAUCGUCAGCAAAUUUGCAUUCGUGUUCAUGCAAAGGAGACUGUUCCACCAAGAGAUGUAAGUGCAGAGGUUCAGAGAAACAGUGCUCAAGCGACGCAUGUCGAUGCAGCAUUUCAUGCAAGAAUAGAGCGAAGAUAUCGUCGCCUGCUGUUCUCUCAGAAAAAGGUGAGGUGUUUCACUUGAUAAAGUUUGUGUUAGAUAACAGGAAAGUCUCUUCUUCAAUCUUCUAUUUUGUUUCAAAACCGAGUUCCUUUCGUUACCAAGUUCCUGGUUACAAUGAGUGUUUGGUUAAGGAGACCACGCAAAAUUUCUUGUCCAGCGGUACUCACUAA